AUCAACUCCGAUGAUUAAUGAGGGUGAUGAUUUAGGUAUAAUAUGUUAAAGAGUCUACUUCUUGUCUUGAAUAACACUCAAUCAAUCUUGGUUUAACAAACUAAAUUAUGUAUACGCAAUGUGAUGUGAUUGGUGAAUAAAUACAUAUCUGAGACAAUGGUGGUUUAUUUACAUUGUUGAAAGUCAACAUUAUGAUAACGUCAUGUUAAGUGUGUCAAGGUAGAGAAACAAUGUAGAAAACAACCUGAUUCGUCAACUUAGAGAAAAUUCAAACAAUAUUAAGACUUAUCAUCUUUCAUAUGUAGCACCAACAAAUGGAUUUACAUCACAAGAGACUGAGCUAGAAUGUAUAUUAAGGGAUGAAGGUGUAAAUAUCGAGGGAUAUAGAACACAAUGCCAGUAGAUUAAAUGACAUUUACACUGACAACAGGGACUUAUAUAAUUCUUGGAGGUGUCAGGUUGCAAUUUCCUGAAACUACGGGAUUGUCUGAUAGGAGUGUCAUGAGCCUUAAUGUAAAAUCAGAGAUCAUACUCCUAUACUAUGAUAAUGAUCAACAUAUUGGAUCAAAAUACAACAAUGAACUGUGAAAGAGAAUAAAGCAGGCAUUAGGCUAAUUGAUAAUACAUGCCCAAGAGGACAUAUUUACAAACAACAAUAAGAAAAAUACACAUACGCAGUUUAAAAUUGUACGUAAACUAGAUUUCAAAACUUAAGGUAGGUGUUCAUCAUAUUCAGAACAAUUAUGAAGAAGGGAUUUUAUGCCUUGAUUGUACUGACCCUGCUAGUGGAUCCUAUAUGUAGCAUGGUGAUGUUACCCGGUGGUUAUGCCAUGCCUAAGAUAUACACCUUUCAAGAUGGGGACAUACUACUCGGGGCACUCUUUCCAGUACAUGCCUUUAAUGAAUCCUCCAACAGCCCUGGAAAAUGUGGUGCCAUCCAAGAACAAGAUGGCAUCCAAACUCUUGAGGCGAUGUUGUUUGCGUUAGAUGAGAUCAACAAUGACCCUGAUUUCCUACCAGGUUUCACCCUGGGUGCAAUAGCCUUGGAUAGCUGCGACAAUGAAAUACACGCUGUAGAUCAGGCAGUUGAGUUUGUGAAAGUCAUGGUUUUUAAGUUAUCUGAAACUGUGGAUGAACUCCCCUUUGAAUGCAGUGGAAAUGACAGUGCGCCACAUCUUAAACCUGAAGCAAAGACACUGGCAAAGAUAUCUGGGAUCAUUGGAGGCUCCUCCAGUGCUGUUUCCAUACAGUUAGCGAGGCUCCUGAGGAUCUUCAAAGUACCACAGGUGAGCUACAUGUCGACCAGUCCAGACCUUAGCAACAAGGACAGGUAUGAAUACUUCAAGAGGACUGUACCAUCAGACACCAACCAGGCAAAAGCAAUUGUUCAACUACUUACUGAGUUCAACUACACCUACGUAUCUGCCAUAUAUGAGGACAGCAACUAUGGAGUAAAGGGUUUUGCUGAACUAAGGAAGGAAGCAGAAGCUAAUGGCAUAUGUUUUGCUGUGACAGCUGUAAUAGACUUUGAUGAUUCCUAUUGGAAUGAGCGUCACUAUGACAACCUUGUAAAACAACUAAUGAGCAAGCCAAAGGCAACAGCUGUGAUUCUUUAUGCAGACCACCCUCAGGUUAGAGAACUGUUUAAGGCUGUCCAUCGUGCAAAGUUAGCUCAGCGUUUUACAUGGUUUGGUUCUGAUGCUUGGAGUGGCAGGCAAUCUGUUGUCAAGGGUGUAGAGUCCAUUGUUAAUGGGGCUAUAACUACACAGCCUGUAGCUUAUACAAUGCCUAACUUUGAUGAAUAUUUCUUUGGAUUGAAUCCCAGGAACAAUAAGCGCAAUGCCUGGUUCACAGAAUACUGGCAACAACAUUUCAACUGCAAGUUUCCAAAUGUUGACCCAAUGGCAAAUACUUCAGAAAAACAGUUUCCGAAGAUCUGCACAGGCAAUGAGAAGAUAUCCAAAAAUUCAGGGUAUUUUCAAAAUAUGAAUAUUCACUUUGUACGUGAUGCUGUGUACGCAUAUGCUCAUGCUCUCAAGAACAUGCAUGGUGAUCUGUGUAAGGGGCUUCCUGGUCUCUGCCCUGCCAUGACCCCUGAGAGGAUAGAGGGAGAGGAGUUACUUAAGUACCUUGGGGAGGUGAAAUUUAAAGAUGUCAGUAAACGUCAGUUUAAGUUUAUGAAUGGAUCUGAUGGGCCUCCUCGCUAUACCAUUAGAACAUACAGACACUAUGAAACUGACCCAGAUAUAGUCCCUGGUCUAAGCAGUGGCUGGUCCAAUGUAGGCACUCACUCAAGUGUCCCAGAGGAUGAUUUUACAUUACAACUAAAUGCUCCAUUUAGGAGGUCCAUUGGAAGUUACCCUCCUUCAUUCUGUAGUCAGGAGUGCACAAAGGGACAAGUCCAAAAGGAUGUGGAGGGUGAUAGCUGCUGCUGGAUCUGUGUUAAUUGCACUGACUACCAGAUCACUGUUUCUCUGGGUACGGAACACAUGUGCAUAGACUGCGAAGGUGGAACCAAGCCAAAUAUGGACCAAACACAGUGUCUCCUAAUUGAGGAAGAAUAUUUAAAAUAUUCAAAUCCAUUUUCAAUUGGAGCUUGUAUUUUAUCGAUCGUUGGAUGUGUUUGUGUUAUUUUCGUUGGAAUUGUGUUUGCAAUCCACCGUAAAACACCUGUUAUAAAAGCGGCUGGUUUGGAACUGUGUUACAUGCUACUUAUUGGAAUAUUUUUAUCCUACUUUGUGUCCUUUGUGUUCAUCGCGAAACCAACACCUGUAUCUUGUGCUCUAAAACGAUUCUUCCUUGGAUUCUGUUAUACUUUAUGCUAUGCUACAUUGCUUACUAAAACCAAUAGGAUAUCCAGGAUAUUUAACUCACAAAACAGUGGCAAGAAGACAAAGUACAUAAGCUCUGGGUCCCAGUUGUUCAUAGUUGGGGUGCUGGUGAUGAUCGAAUGUGUGAUCCUUGGAGCCUGGUUAGCGAUCAGUGUGCCGCGGACCAUUCAUAAAUACCCCACCCCUGGGGACAAUAUCCUCUUGUGCUCAGGAGCUGAUAACGCAUCUUACCUUAUUGCACUUGUGUACCCAUUCAUACUUAUGAUUCUAUGUACAAUAUAUGCAUUCAAAACACGCAAGACACCAGAUGGUUUCAGCGAAACAAGACUCAUAAGUUUCACAAAUUACACAACAUGCAUCAUAUGGCUGGCUUUUAUAACAAUAUACUUCGCCAGCACUUACUACCAAGUACGCACAUUCACGCUUUGUCUCUCGGUCUCCCUCAGUGGCACAGUGGCACUAGUCUGUGUGUUUGCCCCCAAAGUCUACCUAUGUCUAGUGAGGCCUGAGAAGAACACUAAGGAAACUGUCAUGGCCCACAGGAAACAAAGCAUCAUUAACCCAGCUGUUCCUAGAUCUAGCACUUCUGGCAGCAUGAAUUCGAUUGACAAGUCUCCACACAUCCCACCAAGAAAGAGAAGUUCCUCUGAGGGCUCCAGUAAUCUGAACAUCUCUACACACUCAAUAUCUAACCUAACAGACACUACCCUCAUGUCUGAUGGCAGCACUGCCUCCCUUCCUGCCCCCAGGGCACGUUCAACACCUAGGGGCACUCUCCAGAGGGCUCUGUCUGUCCCUGAGCCUGGUCAACAGUACAAUAACAACAUUAUAACAGCCAGUGUGGUUAGUUUACACAUAGAUCAGGAUGAACACAAAAAGACAAGAAAACAUGGAAGAGUCAAUGUAAGAUUCAAACUUGAUGAAGAUGAUGUGAGAAAUAACAAGACAAAUGAUAAAAGUAUGUCAGAUGAACAAAAUGACAAAGACGGUCCUGAUGGCAUCAGCAAUAUCAGAGUUGACAAUGUUACAAGUAAUGAAAACACAAAUACCUCAAUUGAUCACAAAGGAGAUGAUCAUAGACAUGAUGAUUCAAGUGUAAACAACAAUAUUUCCAGAAAUGAAAGUGAUACUACUAGUGCAAUCGAUAAAAAUUUAACAGUGGAUGCAAAUGACACAACUGACACUAAAUGUGCAGAUGAUAUUGUAAGAAAUGACAACAUAGGUACUGCCAAAGCAAAGGACAGCAUUAAUACACUGCCACCUGGUUCGAAUAAUAGUGCAAAAUUUAGUGUUAUCGUCACAGAAGGUCUACCAGAAGGCAUAUCUGUCUAAUCUGAAAACUCUAACAUGUAUUCCAACCUAUUGAGGUUCUUAGUACAUAUGAGCAGGAAUAUUUAGUGUAUCUAGGAAGGUCCGGGAUUGGGAUGGAUACAGGCUGUAUCCAUCCUUUCCCACUUCUGAAAUGGGAACUCAAUUUACGUUUUACCAAAUUAAAAAUUAUAUUUCAAACUUAUACUAUAUAUUUUCAAUUUUAAUAUCAAUUUAUUGAUGUGCUCCAGUAAUGUAGGAGUGUAAAAAUCUCACAAACUCCUUCUCAAGACUAAGAAAAGAUGUACCUUAGGUAUGUUUUUGAAUUUUGGAACUACUGUAUGAGGUAUGAUGUACCUAAAACCUUUGUAGGUAUGGAAUACAUCUGUUUUGUAUGGUAGGUUUUGGAUACAUGGUUAUCCCGCAUGAAAUAUGUGUAUGUCCCACAGGAGAUACACAUAUUUCCCUUGGGAUAAACCCUGUAUCCAAAACCACCCAGUACAUAACCC